AAAAUACGCCACGUGUCAAAUAUCGCAGGCUUCUCCCUCUUUCUCCUGUUAAACAUUUCGGUGUUCGGUGCAAAGGAGAAGCCAGGGGAUCUAUGGAGAGAGUACUCACUGUCUUUCACCCGCAGCCUCUCAGUGCGGAGUGGGUACUGUCCUGCUCGGCUCUCUGCGGCGCAGCUGAGGGUUUUAAUGGAUCCGUCGAGCAAGAGCGCUUCGCUUCGCCUCCCGCAACGGACCUUUUAAUGCCGCCUCAUCAAGACCAUUGUCCAUUUUUAUGCGUCUUAGAUCCGUCCCCCUGAUUGUCGAUUCAACGGCAUUCCCGGCGAUCACCGUCGAUCUGCUGCUCUUGCACCGGAGCUUGCUGGGGAAUAGCGUUUUAUAGGAUUGUUUUGAGUGCUGUACUGUGAUAGGAGCAGGAGACUUGUGAUCUCCGAUCUGUCAUUUUGUCAUAUAUUGUUGGCUGCUUCUUGCCUUUUGACUCCGAUGAAUCCGCUUUGCUGCAUUGCGCCUGUUUCUCUGGAGCGCGGGGAUCGCGACAGUGCGCCGGUUGUUUCGCUGAAGGCGAACGUGAAACCCACGGCGGGGCUGGACAAUCCCGCGAGGAACUCGUCGAGCAAGCAGCUUGCGCCGGUGCAGGUGUUGGCGACGGCGGGGAACCCGGAGUUGGGACAGUGCAGUGAAGCGGAGGAAGGGACCACUCGUCCGGCGGAUGGAAGAGAUGGAAGGUGUGGUGGCGUUAUGAAUGGAAAGGUGGCGGGGAUUUUGUAUAAGUGGGUGAACUACGGGAAAGGGUGGAGAUCGCGGUGGUUCGUGCUCCAGGAUGGGGUUUUGUCUUAUUAUAAGUUGCAUGGGCCGGACAAGAUCUUUGUGGGGUCGGCGUGCGAGGCGAAUGAUGUGCGGGUGAUCGGCGAGGGCUCACUUCGGAGGGUGACGAGGGAACAGCGGGCUGCGGAAGCGGCGGGAAACGGAGAUAUGAAGCAGUGGAAGCCGUUUGGGGAGAUUCAUUUGAAGGUUUCUUCGAUUCGCUCAAGCAAGUCGGAUGAUAAACGGUUGUCUAUUUUCACCGGAACGAAGACCCUUCAUUUACGUUGCGAUUCGAGGGAGGACCGAAGUUUGUGGAUCGAAGCUCUGCAUUUGGCAAUGGAUAUGUUUCCUCGUUUUCCGACGAAAAAUGACUUUGCAUCUACUGUAGAUGUCGCCAUUUCUACGGAGAAAUUGCGUACUCGGUUAUUGGAGGAAGGGUUGGAUGAAUCUGUAAUAAAAGAAUGCGAGUCUAUUGUUGUUUGCGAAACAUCUGAGCUACUAAAUCAGUUGAGGUGUCUUCAACAUAAACAUGUUGUCUUGCUUGAUGCGCUAAGACAGUUGGAGGCAGAGAAGCUUGAGCUGGAGACUACUGUAGUAGAUGAGACGAAGGAGCGGGAGGCUAACCUCGGACAGGGGAAUGGAAGAUUUAGUGAUUUCUAUUCAGUUAUGUCAGAUGGCAGUGCAACUGAUUCUGAUGUGGACAUUGAAAGUCAAGGAGUAGAUGGAGAAACUGAUGAUGAUGAUGGAAUUUAUUUUGACACAAGGGAUUACUUGUCUUCAGAAUUUUUAAGAAGUGCUUCAUAUCGUAGUCAGGAAUCCAAAUCUAAUGGAGGCCUUGAUGUAAAUGGAAACACGUUUUAUGUUCCUGCUAUGAUUCAAGCUAAUGAUGAAAGAAUAAAAACCAUAGAAUACCCCUUUGUUAAGAGGAGGGACAAGUUGCCAGAGCCAAAAGAAAAGGAGAAGCCUGUUGGUCUCUGGUCGAUUAUUAAAGAAAAUAUUGGAAAAGAUCUUUCUGGAGUUUGCCUUCCAGUAUACUUCAAUGAGCCACUUUCUUCUUUACAAAAAUGCUUUGAAGAUUUGGAAUACUCGUUCUUAGUUGAUCGAGCAAUGGAAUGGGGAGAGCAGGGUAACAGCUUGAUGAGGAUCCUAAACAUUGCUGCCUUUGCAGUAUCAGGAUAUGCUUCAACAGAAGGCCGGCAAUGCAAACCCUUCAAUCCUCUUCUUGGGGAAACAUAUGAGGCUGAUUAUCCUGAUAAAGGCCUUCGUUUCUUUUCUGAGAAGGUGAGUCAUCAUCCGAUGGUUGUUGCCUGCCACUGUGAAGGUAGAGGAUGGAAAUUCUGGGGUGAUUCCAAUCUGAAAGGGAAGUUUUGGGGUCGGUCUAUUCAACUUGAUCCUAUUGGAAUAUUAACCCUUAAAUUCGAAGAUGGAGAGACCUUCCAGUGGAGUAAAGUGACAACAUCUAUUUAUAAUAUCAUUCUCGGCAAAAUAUAUUGUGAUCACUAUGGUACGAUGCGCAUAAAAGGCUCUGGUCAGUAUUCUUGCAAGCUCAAAUUCAAGGAGCAGUCUAUUAUUGAUCGAAAUCCCCAUCAGGUGCAUGGAUUUAUACAAGAUAAUAAAACAGGAAACAAGGUUGCGAUGUUGUUGGGCAAGUGGGAUGAUGCAAUGUACUAUGUACUUGGUGAUCCUAGUACUAAACCGAAGGGUUAUGACCCAAUGUCGGAGGCUGUUCUUCUAUGGGAGCGGGACAAGUCUAUUACCCAAACCCGAUACAAUCUUACUCCCUUUGCCAUAUCAUUGAAUGAAUUAACACCUGGUAUGUUGGAGAAACUACCCCCAACAGAUUCACGGCUUCGGCCUGAUCAAAGACACUUAGAAAAUGGUGAAUAUGAGUUGGCAAAUGCAGAAAAGCUUAGACUUGAGCAACUACAGAGACAGGCAAGGAAGUUGCAGGAAAAGGGGUGGCAGCCCAGGUGGUUCAAGAAAGAUGCAGAAGAUGAUUGCUACAAGUAUGUCGGCAGGUACUGGGAAGCAAGAAUGGAAAGAAAGUGGGGCGGAAUUCCUAAUAUAUUUGGUCAGAACUAUGCUAUGCACAGUGUAGAUUGCAGAUCACCAGCUGGAGCAGAGAGCCUAUUAUAACGUGGUUAUGAAAGAUUAAUUGCCUUUGCUGCUGUGCAUGUUAGAGGCUCUGAAACCCACAAAUUGUAAGUUCUUUAGAAUGUAUUUUACAAGGGAAAAAAUUAUUGAUCUAUUCUGUUAUAUGAUAUCUUGAUAUUAUUAUUAUUAUUAUUAUUAUAUUUAUGUAUUUUCCAUUAGAUGUGAGGAUCAUGAGGGAUUAGGUUUUCAGUAUUGUCAAGGCAUGCAAUUAUUAAAAUUCCCUCUAAUGUACAUAUUUAUUUGUGGUU